UCCGCCCAGGAUGGAUGGCCUCAGAAAUGCUCAUGGAGGAGCCCAUGUGCCUCAUUCAGAACAGCACCAGCGGGGCCCUGCAGGUGAACUCCCAGGCUGUGAAGAUCCUGGAGGGCAUCACCCAGCCAGUGGUGGUGGUGGCCAUUGUGGGAAUGUACCGCACAGGCAAAUCCUACCUCAUGAACUCCUUGGCUGGCAAGAGAAAAGGGUUCUCGCUGGGCUCCACAAUCCAGUCACACACCAAAGGCAUCUGGAUGUGGUGUGUGCCCCACCCUGGAAAACCUGACCACACCCUGGUGCUGCUGGACACUGAAGGGCUGGGGGAUGUGGAGAAGGGUGACCCGAAGCAUGACACCUGGAUCUUCACACUGGCCGUCCUGCUGAGCAGCACCUUGGUGUACAACAGCAAAGGCACCAUUGACCAGGACUCCAUGAAUAAGCUGCACUUCGUGUCUGAGCUCUCUGAGCACAUAAAGGUGAAAGCUGAUGGGGAGGAGGAGGAGGACUCUGCUCUCGACACAGAGUACAUCAGCUUCUUCCCAAACUUCACCUGGACUGUGCGGGACUUCACCCUGGACCUGGAGAUUGAUGGGAAGGAGGUAACGGAGGAUGAGUAUCUGGAGAGAGCGCUGAUGCUGAGGAAGGGCCGGAACAGGGAGGUGAUGGAGUACAACCUCCCACGUCAGUGCAUCCGUGAUUACUUCCCCACACGCAAGUGCUUCGUGUUUAUCAGGCCGGCCAGCGAAAGGGACAUGAAGCAGCUGGAGUCACUCCCCGACAGCGCCCUACAGCCCGAGUUCCUGGAGCAGCUCGACAAAUUCUGCCAGUACGUUCUCCGUGAGUCGAAGGUGAAGAUGCUGAAAGGAGGGCACCACAUUAACGGGCGAAUGUUUGGCAUGUUAGCCCAGAGCUACGUGGACACCAUCAUCAGCGGGAAAGUGCCCUGCCUGGAGAAUGCAGUGACCACGCUGGCCACCAAGGAGAAUGAAGCUGCUAUCAAGGAGGGUCUGGCUUACUACGUGGCCCAGAUGGAGGAACAGGUCGUGUUCCCGGUGGAGGUGGCUGUGCUGUCCGAGAUACAUGGGAAUUGCGAGAAGGCAGCCCUGCAGCUGUUCAUGCAGCGAUCCUUCAAGGACGAGGAUCAGAAGCACCAGGAGCAGCUGGCAAUUGAGAUAAAUGAACAUUACGGGACUGUGCUGAGCAAGAACAAAAGCACUUCCCAAGAGACCUGCCAGACCCUGCUCACCCAGCUGUCAGCUGACAUGGAGAAAAAGCUCCGAAAUGGGGUUUACAUGCAGCCUGGUGGGCAUGAACUGUACAUGAAAGACCAGAAACAAGUGUUGGAGAGUUUCCAGAGGACACCCAACAAAGGAGUCAUGGCAGAGCAGGUACUGGAGCAGUUCAUGGACAGUAAGAAAGCAGAAGCAGCCACCAUUGUCACGGCUGACAAAAUGCUGACAGAUGUGCAAAAGAGCCUGGCGGCUGAGCGGGCAAGAGUGGAGCAGCUGGAGCAGCAGCGCAAGGCAGAGGAGGAGAGAAGGCAGCAGCUGGAGCAGCGGAUGAGAGAUGUGGAACGCAGCCACCAGGAGAACAUUAGACAGGUGGAAGCCAAGAUGGAGGAAGAGGCCGCCAAGAUGAGGCAGGAGAUGGACAGAACCGUGGAGUGCAAGCUGAAGGAGCAGGAGAAGCUGUUGCAGCAGGGCUUCACAGAGCAAGCCAGAGUGCUGCAAGAGGAGAUGGACAGGCAGCAGAAGCAGGGAAAAGCGAGAGAAGAGAAGAUGCAGCAGCAAUUGCGAGAGAGAGAAGAAAAGGAGAAGCAGCGCCAGCACGAGAGAGAAGAAAAGGAGAAGCAGCGCCAGCAUGAGGAGCGCCAACGAGAGAGAGAAGAAAAGGAAAAGCAGCGCCAGCACGAGAAAGAAGAAAACGAGAAGCAGCGCCAGCAUGAGGAGCGCCAACGAGAGAGAGAAGAAAAGGAAAAGCAGCACCAGCGAGAGAGAGAAGAAAAGGAGAAGCAGCGCCAGCGAGAGAGAGAAGAAAAGGAGAAGCAGCGCCAGCACGAGGAGCGCCAGCGAGAGAUAGAAGAAAAGGAGAAGCAGUGCCAGCGAGAGAGAGAAGAAAAGGAGAAGCAGCGCCAGCAUGAGGAGCGCCAGCGAGAGAUAGAAGAAAAGGAAAAGCAGCGCCAGCACGAGAAAGAAGAAAACGAGAAGCAGCGCCAGCACGAGGAGCGCCAGCAAGAGAGAGAAGAAAAGGAGAAACAGCGCCAGUACGAGGAGCGCCAGCGAGAGAGAGAAGAAAAGGAGAAGCAGCGCCAGCGAGAGAGAGAAGAAAAGGAGAAGCAGCGCCAGCAUGAGGAGCGCCAGCGAGAGAUAGAAGAAAAGGAAAAGCAGCGCCAGCACGAGAAAGAAGAAAACGAGAAGCAGCGCCAGCACGAGGAGCGCCAGCGAGAGAUAGAAGAAAAGGAGAAGCAGUGCCAGCGAGAGAUAGAAGAAAAGGAGAAGCAGCGCCAGCAAGAGAGAGAAGAAAAGGAGAAACAGCGCCAGUACGAGGAGCGCCAGCGAGAGAUAGAAGAAAAGGAGAAGCAGCGCCAGCAUGAGAGAAAAGAAAAGGAGAAGCAGCGCCUGCAUGAGAUAGAAGAAAAGGAGAAGCAGCGCCUGCAUGAGAUAGAAGAAAAGGAGAAGCAGCGCCAGCACGAGAAAGAAGAAAACGAGAAGAAGCAGCAGAGCAGUUGCUUAAUAUCCUGAGCCUGGCAGGCUCCCGCGCUGAGGGGACUGAAGAAACAUUCAGAUGAUUCGGGGGGAACGAUGGUCACCCAAGCUUUACAAAAUCCACUGCUGAAGCCAGUCUGGGCCUAGUGACCGGCUUUGGGGGCUCUGCACUGUGCUCUCUUUGCCCAUCUGCUGUGACACCCUCCUCUGGCCUGUUAGAGUUCAAUGUACAAGGUAGUUUUCCUGUUCCAUCUGCUGUGUAGUGGGGUUUGCUGGUGAAGAUUAAAACUUUCUGUAGCACUGAGUUAGCGCCUCUGCAGUUUAUUCUCCUCAGCGCAAAAACAGGGAUGAAGAACUAACAGCUGAC